AUAUCCACCAUGUUGCCCUGUGGACCAGCUUUGUCCUUUGUUCGGUGUCUGGUGCGGAAGAAGAACGUGAGUGGUGAAAGUCUUGAGGACUCCAAGUUGUGCCGAUGCUUAUCAACGGUGGACCUUAUAGCCCUAGGAGUAGGAAGUACUCUUGGUGCUGGUGUUUAUGUCCUUGCUGGAGAAGUAGCCAAAUCCGAUUCCGGACCUAGCAUCGUUGUUUCUUUCCUCAUUGCUGCACUGGCAUCUGUGAUGGCAGGUCUCUGCUACGCUGAGUUUGGUGCUCGCGUUCCCAAGACUGGUUCUGCGUAUUUGUAUACUUACGUAACUGUUGGUGAACUGUGGGCUUUUAUCACUGGUUGGAAUCUGAUUUUAUCCUAUGUUAUAGGUACAUCAAGCGUAGCAAGAGCCUGGAGUGGCACUUUUGAUGAACUUCUUGGAAAACAGAUUGGUCAUUUCUUCAGAACCUACUUCAAAAUGAAUUACUCUGGGCUAGCAGAGUAUCCUGACUUCUUUGCUGUAUUCCUUAUAUUGCUUUUAUCAGGUCUUUUAUCCUUUGGAGUAAAAGAAUCUGCAUGGGUGAAUAAAAUUUUCACUGCUAUUAACAUCUUGGUCCUACUCUUCGUUAUGAUUUCUGGUUUUGUGAAAGGAGAUGCUGACAACUGGAAAAUAAGUGAAGAGUAUCUUAUAAACCUUACUGCAGUAACAGAGAAUUGCUCAUUCUGUGAGAAUGUGACAAGUCUAUAUGGGAGUGGUGGCUUUAUGCCAUAUGGUUUCACAGGAACGUUGGCUGGUGCUGCAACCUGUUUUUAUGCUUUUGUUGGAUUUGACUGCAUUGCAACAACUGGAGAAGAGGUCAAGAAUCCUCAGAAAGCCAUACCCAUAGGAAUUGUGGUGUCCCUGCUUGUCUGCUUCAUGGCCUAUUUUGGGGUUUCAGCUGCAUUGACACUUAUGAUGCCAUACUAUCUACUAGACGAGAAAAGUCCUCUGCCAGUAGCAUUUGAGUAUGUUGGAUGGGGUCCUGCAAAAUAUGUUGUAGCAGUGGGAUCCCUCUGUGCUUUGUCCACAAGUCUUCUUGGAUCCAUUUUCCCAAUGCCACGUGUAAUCUAUGCUAUGGCGAAGGAUGGGUUGCUUUUCAAAUGUCUAGCUCAAAUCAGUUCCAAAACGAAGACCCCACUAGUUGCUACUCUAUCGUCUGGUGCAGUAGCAGCUAUAAUGGCAUUUCUGUUUGACCUAAAGGCUUUAGUGGACAUGAUGUCUAUCGGUACACUUCUUGCUUAUUCACUUGUGGCAACCUGUGUCCUCAUUCUCAGGUACCAACCCAGUUUAACCUACGAGCAACCAAAAUAUUUGCCAGAAAAAGCAGCUUUGGCUGCAUCUGAAAGGGAAUCUGCAGUAAGUGAAUCACAGAUAAAUAUGAUACAAGAGAAUCACUUCAGUCUUCAGGCUCUGAUUAAUCCAUCCAGUUUACCUACUGAGCAGACUGCAACUACCGUUAACUUUUUAGUGAGUCUCUUAGCUUUCUUGGUUUGUGGCCUGAGUGUCCUCACUACUUACGGGAUUCAUUUCAUUGCUAACUUGGAGCCCUGGAGUAUUGGCCUUCUUGCUGUGUUAGUGGCGUCCUUCAUAGUUACCAUUCUCCUCAUCCAACGGCAGCCUCAGAACCAGCAGAAAGUGGCCUUUAUGGUUCCACUGUUGCCAUUUUUGCCAUCGUUCAGUAUCCUGGUAAAUAUUUACUUGAUGGUACAAUUAAGUGGAGACACUUGGAUCAGAUUUAGCUUCUGGAUGGCACUUGGUUUCCUCAUUUACUUUGCUUAUGGCAUCAGGCAUAGUCUUGAAGGUCAUCGUAGCGAUGGAGAUGACGAUUCUUGUUCAGAAAAUAGUGGGCUGCAAGAAAAGAACCUUGUGGAAGAAGUGGAUGAACCUGAAAAUGCAAAUGAAAGUGAUCAAUUUCUUGCACACGAGAGGACAAGUGAAUGUUAAUCUAUGCAAAACAUACAAGUCUUUUAAACUUUUAAUUGACAUUUUACUUGCAGACUGAAAUUUCAAAAGCUUUCUGCCAACAUUGUGCCUCUUGAAAGUGUUUACUACAACGCCUGGCUGGUAUUUUGGACAAGCUGCUAAUCCUUCUUCAUCAUUUCAGAGCUGACAGCAUGGAGAUUAAUAUUUAAAUUAAAAAACAAAAGAAGUACCCUUUGGCAAGCAAAAAUCUGGAUACAUUGUUUGAACUGUCAUCCAAAAUCACUGGCAAUCACAAAAUAUGAAGAAUUUUAGAACUGCCUGCAAGAAGUUCUGAAUAUUUGACACUGCACUGUGAACACAAGUGCCUUUCAUACCUUCUCCUUAUCUCUGUUACGUGUUUUGGU